AUGAGGCCUAUUAAGCGUGUUGCUUUUGAAGGGCCUGAAAAUGGUGUGAAUUGUGGUGUUGUGGAGUGGGUUGAUGGGCCUUGGCCAACUGUUCUUCAGAGAUGUUUGUGCAAGCUAUGGGAGAUGUUCCAUGAGCAGAACUUUGGAAGGGUACAGGACAAGAAGAAGUUUGAGAAGGAGUUGGCCAGGCUUAAGACUGAACAUGAAAGGGAGUUGGCCAAGCUUAGGGCUGAAAAUGACAAGCUUUGCAUUGAGUACACCAAGCUUGUUGAUGAUGUAUCCAAGAUGUUUGAUUGGCAGGAUGGUAGGGUGGACAAGAAGGUGGACAAGAAGGUGCACCAGAAACAAGUGGAGGAGGAAGAACUUGAGAAGAAGAAGAAGGAGCUAGAGGAGAAAGCUAUGUUGGAGGUGCAGAUGGAAAAGCUCAAACUUACCAGAAAGGCUAUGAAGGAUGUUCAAGUUGACAGAGAUGUUCUUAAGAAGGAGAAGGCAAAGCUUGAGCUUGUUGUUGCUGAGCUGCUGAAAGAAGGGUAUGGCAGCAAGGAGAAGUUAGAGCAAAUCAAGGCCAUCCUUGAUUCUUGA